GACAGUGCCAAAGACCUGCUGCUAAUGGGAAAACAGCCCAAUAGUGUCAUGGAGGCGGAUAAUAUUGCCACACACAAAUGACCUAUGUAGCAUGUUUUGGGUUGAUGGGGGAAACUGGAGCACCAGUCCAGACACGGGAAGAAACAUGCAAACUCCACACAGAAAGGCCCGGGCGACCCGGGGAUCGAACCCAGAACCUUCUUGCUUUAAGACCAAAAUGAUGAGGCUUCCAGCAGCAGUUUCAGAGAGAUGUUAGCUCUGUCCAUUUAUAUAUACAGUCUAUGGUUUAAACAUGCUUAUUGUGGGUGUGGCGGCAACUGGUAUUUUCUGUCAUCCUCAUCCUUAAAGGUGCAGUAUGUAACUUUUCUGAGAUGUAAUUGCUUUGACGGGAAUGCUUUUACAUUGAUCUUAUUUAUGUUGCAUUUAUUCAAUUACAGAUGUUUUCAUUGCAAACAAUACCAGACAAAACAAAACAUGCAGAAAGCAGGGGUCGCCUUUUCACAAACCUGACCUGUAACCUGGCCUGUUGGUGUCACCUGCUUGUCUCAGUGGAGAUAGGUGCAGCUCGAGCCUCUUUCUCUUUCAGGAAACUGGGGGUCUCCAAACGUGCCCAGGAUCACCAGCUCGACGGUAAACACAUAUAUAAAUGGACCCCUGCACUGUAGAGGCCCCAGCGGAGCCCCAGAUACAGCAGGAGGAGAGGGGACAGCACAGAGAGGAGCGGCCCCCCAUCGGACAGCACGGAGGGCCUCACAGAUUGAUGUGCGUGUGAAUCUAUGGAGCCAUAUUGUGCAGGAAGGGGGUCCCGGAGGAGUGGACGACAUAAGUAGGCCCUUCGAGCGAGUCGGAGAGCUCAGUUUGAAGCGGCAGCAGAAGAAAAAGAAGACUGAAGUUUGAUAUCGAGCUAUUACAUAAUGACGCAGAGAGCCAGCUAGACCGGUCAGUGCCAGGCGGUCAGCCCAGAAAGCGAGAUUCAAAUUGAGCGUGAUGAGAAGAUUGCGACGCUGAAACAAAAUGGAAAAUAAAAUGGAGAAAUUGGCAUUGAAGAGUUGAAGAAGAAGAAGAAGAAGAGAUUUGCGAUAACUGGACAGUGACUUCGGAGCCGGUCGAUAAGUUUGCAGAGCUGUGGUUCAAAACAUCUUAAAAAAAGCCAAUCGCUGCUUCAGCCAUGACCUCAGCCACACCCCCAUCCUCCGAAGGCUCCUCCCCCCAAAAGGUGUGCCACUCCCAAACCCAAACAGACAUCACCAAACCUCUGCUGGGGCCCCCGGGGGCCAACACCGGGACCAACGGGACCAAUGGAGCGGCCGGGCUGAACGCUCUGAGGAGGAGGCGCAGGGUCCUGUCCAAAGAUGGCCGCAGUAAUGUGUGUCUGGAGCAUGUGAGCGGCCGGGGGGCGCUCUACCUCCGAGACCUCUGGACCACCUUUUUGGACAUGCAGUGGAGAUACAAGUUCUUCCUGUUUGCAGCCACCUUCGCCGGGACAUGGUUUGUGUUUGGGAUCCUCUGGUAUCUCAUCGCUUUGGUCCAUGGAGACCUACUGGAGUUCGACCCCCCGUCUAACCACACCCCGUGUGUGAUGGAGGUGAAGACACUGACCGGAGCCUUUCUGUUUUCUCUGGAGUCUCAGACCACCAUCGGCUACGGCUUCAGGUGCAUCACAGAGGAGUGUCCUGCUGCCAUCGUCCUGCUCAUCUUCCAGCUUGUGCUGACCACCAUCAUGGAGAUCUUUGUCACUGGCACUUUCCUCGCUAAGGUUGCUCGUCCAAAGAAGCGAGGAGAGACAGUGAAGUUCAGUCAACACGCGGUCGUAUCCAGUUAUGAAGGACAGCCCUGUCUUAUGAUCAGAGUGGCCAACAUGCGCAAAAGUCUGCUGCUCGGGUGCCAGGUGACGGGGAAGCUGCUGCGCACCUCCGUGACCAAAGAGGGCGAGACUGUGCGUUUGGACCAGAGGAACGUGCCCUUCAGCGUGGACACCUCCAGUGACAGCCCCUUCCUCAUCAUCCCCCUCACCUUCUACCACAUCAUCGACCACCAGAGCCCGCUGAGAGCCUGGGCCGCUAAAGGUGGAGGUUGGACUGACCCUGAGCUCGCUGACUUUGAGCUGCUGGUGAUUUUGAGUGCCACCAUCGAGCCCACCUCUGCCACCUGCCAGGUCCGCACGUCCUACCUCCCAGACGAGAUCCUGUGGGGCUACGAGUUCCCUCCUGUGGUCUCCCUCUCCCCCACUGGAAAAUACGUGGCUGAUUUCGCCUUCUUCGACAAAGUGGCCAAAACCAAAAGCCCUCCUCCUUUUUUCAAACAAGCUCUCCCGCCAAGUCCCAAAUCCCAGACCCGAGGCAGCAAAGAUGGAGGAGCAGAUCCGGAGAAAAUGCGCUUGGAGGAAAAAUACCGCGGGGAAGAGAAAGGGAAGGAGAGAGGACGCAUUCGAGACAGUAGCCCGCUCAGCGUUCGAAUCAGUAAUGUUUGAAGAAGGAUAGCAGAAAAGCUCGCAACAAAACUGAAAAUGGUAGGGACAGCUGCUGAAAUUAUUUUGAAAAGUUUCUAAACUGGACCAAAACCACUUUGCGUAAGAGACACGAAUGCCAUUUUGCAAAUCUUACUGUAAACGUCAAUGUAAAUAAUAUAAGAGGCCACAAUGAACAAACUUUAUAGGUGACACAGCAGGACUGGACACAGACACACUGUUUACAUUUUAACACAAUGUAAUACAAGGCUAAAAGUUUGACUAAUUUUCAUUUUAUCUGUGGCUAAAACAUUAAGGUGAAUGUAGAUAAAGAUGAGGAUAGGGGAUAGUGAGAUAGGUGGACAUCAAAAUUCAACCCAUGUUUAAACUAUUCAUCAUCCAGGUUUGUUUAGAACUGAUUUUAUAGAAAUUGUAAAAGUUUGUUAAAGGCCUGUUUAAUUAUUGCCUAUGGGCCAGCUAUCAAGACUCAAAUUCAUUAAAAGUGGUGUACAAACGAUUCAAAACAUAUUCAAGAAGAGCUAUGUAACUUUUCUUAUGGAGGAUACACCAAUGACUUUGUUUUCUCCAUGGAGAUGAUAAUGCCUAGCCUUAAAUGUUCCAAAAUAUAGCAUUAAACUCAUCUGGAUAAGGAAGAUAUGGAUAGAUGACCCCACUCACAGGAACGCGUGGGAUUUUUCAAGGUAUUUUGAGCAAUAAAAACACCUGUAACUGAAUAAAUGUGGAAGAGAUAAGUUUAAUGCUAUACCAUGGAAUAGUGUUGGCUGAAAAGUUACACAGAGCACUUUCAAUUAGACAAGAGGCAUCACCAAAAACACCCAAACAAAAAAAGAAAAAUGUAUUUUAAGUAUUUUAUUUGCCUGGGACUCAGAAUACACACUUCUUCAAUACGUUACGAAGAUGUGAGUUUGGACAUGUCACAAACCAGGAAGACGUUUGGAAACAUGCGAUUACAACUUCCGGUGGGCUUUGUUUGCCGUUAGCCAGACUGGCUGCUCAAUUUCAUUUCUCUGCAGCGACUAGGUCAGGAAUCAAAAUACACUAAUUGUUUCGCAAAAACCCCGGAAGUGCAAUUUUGGGCACCAGCCAAUCUACGAAGAGCCAUACAUUCUGUGUUGGCAAAGAGAUUCCCGAGAUCUAGGAUUUAAAGCCGGAACAAAGAGAAUGUUUGGUGAAUUUUAUCAAGGGGAAAGAUGUUAUUGCCCUUCAACCUACUGGAUUUGGGAAAAGCUUAAUAUACCAUUUAGCUGCGUUAGUGGUGCAUUAUAUACAUCAAUACCAAAUAGCAGGGAUUGGUUAAAAAAGUACCCUCCUACCAUCGAGCAAACAAAUUCUAACGCUGCGAGGUCAGACAGUUUCCACGAAGUGAAUCCAGCAGAUGAAUCAGGCUAGUUUGCGGUAGUAAGUCUGACAAAAUAUAGGAAAAAUUAGAAAAUGUCCCAGUUUUCUUCAUCUCCACAUGACUGUGUUCACCUAAUCAACAAUUACAACCAUACCUCAGUUUUCAUAAUUUCCCCAUUGACAGACAACUCCGAGCACACUGGGUACACGCGAUUAGAAAAGAUGAGGGCGCUUCCAAACAGCACAUACGUAUACAGUCUUUAUUUUACCGCUGAUCACAUUUACUCCAGUGGGUUUUAUUACAGUCGGUUGGUGAGCCCAGUGUGGGUAACUUCACCUGAAGUUGUGAUUGCAUGUUUCCAAACGUCUUCUGGUUCGUGACGUAACGUGAAUAGAGCCUGUUGGUGAAUCAUGGGCAUGAUUGAAAGAAAUAUGGCUGCUUGUGAGGAAAAAAUAAGGGGGGAAAAAGGAUCACAAGAGACAAGAAAUAUCACAGAUUUCUGCAGAAUCAGUGAACGAAGCAAUAAACUCCGAGAAAUGUACAUUUUGUUUGUCUGUGUGUAACUGAGAGGACUGACAGGUAAGGGUUUUAUAUGGGAGAUUGUCAAAAUGUGUUAAGAAAUAUUAGUCAGAUGGAGAAAAAGGGAAACCACUUAUAGGUAUUUAAACACAUGGCAGCUCCAACAACAGAAACUAAGCUAAAUUUCAUGAGUUUAUGAAGAAAAUGUCACACAACUUUUGAUUAAAACUGGGCAUUUCAAGUAUUUUAUGGGCAUGACUGACAACUUUCUAUGUUUGGACACUUUUUGAACUACCUACCAAUGUACAAUGUUUUUUUGUUUUAUUUUUUUAACAAGGGAUUUCAAAACAACAUGAUACUCUAUUAUUGUAUUAUGUUCUCAGUAACAUUUUCUAACAUUGCACUAGAAAUGAUCAUGAAUGUUAGUCAAAUAACAAUACUAAGCACUUUAACUUUGUACUUGUCGACUUUUUGAUGAAAACACUGUACUAACUUUUUUAAUAAUUGCACUGUAAGAAGUGAUUUUAUUUUGGUUAUAUUGUGCUUACUGUAUGCAUUUAAGCAUACUCAUUCCUCUGUACAUUAUGUAAAAUAAGGUCAGUUUUAAUAUUUAAUACAUCGCUACACCUUUUAUGUAGGUGAAUAUCAAAGUGCCUAUGUACUUUUUUGCAUAAU